AUGGCGCCCCUCACUCUGCGCCGCCUCCUUACAUGCGCGCCUCCAGUCUUGCUGGGCGUGAUCUGCCUGCUCUUCCGCGUUGUCCUGCUCGCGCGUUUCCUCAGAGAAAGCCCCGCAGAAAGCAGCAGCAGUAGCGAGCACACAGUUGUCACGUUCCAUACCCAUCGCUUCUAUCCGCUGAGACCGAUAUUUGGGGCGGCAGUCAACGAACCGGUGGGCCUGCUCAUAGUCGGGGAGCUGUUCCUCCUGCUUUACGUCUUUGCAAUCCUGGCGGGCGUCGAGUCGUGCAGGAUGCGCGCGCACAAGGCUCUGAAGAUCAACGCCAUGCAUCUCCUUCAAUCCCUGGCACCGGCUUUCACCAGCUGCCUUGCGUUUUGCAUGGUCUGGCUGCCUUAUGUUCUGUUCAGCGGAGGGAGGGAACGGCGCGCGGCAUCCGCGGAGCGGAACCGGCUGCGGCCGCGCAUGUUUGACGUCUGGACGCAGGUCACGAUCUUCAUCCUGGCGCCCUCUCUGCUAGCCCUGGUCUUGAUCCGAGAGCAAGUUUUCCUCGGUGUCUUGAUGGCAUUCUCCAUGAUCCUUACAGCGAUCUUCUACGGUACCUCCAGAGAGUACUCGCCUCCCAGCACAGCCACAGAGAUGGAAGAAGAGGCAGGCCUUCGAUACGAAGUGGUGGUUGCUUUCACCUUGAUCUGGCGCCUUGUCACGCUGGUAUUCAUCUUCAACGAUCCUUCGCUCCUGUCUCAACCUCUGGCGCUCUUGAUGGGAAGAGCAGGCUUUGGCAUUCUCGAGACAGCGCUCUUGUUCUUCCUGAAAGACCUCAUCGGCUUAACGCUGUGUGUGACCUACUUUGCUCUACUUGAGGAUGGGCCGCUGGUGGGGUUGUGCAUGAUGGUGGGGACGCUGAGCAUCCUGGGACCGGCCCCCACGUUUGCCAUCUACUGCACUUAUCGGGGGAGGAAGAUUGAGGACUCGAUGCUGGACUUUACUAGCUGCACAGUUGAGAUCGACUCUCUCACCGAGUCCGUUUCAACUCCCGGUCGUUUGACGACGAAGCCCCAGCACUUUCUCCAAGUUGAAGGCAGCGAGAGGCGCCGCCUGUGGCGGUCUUAG